AUGUCAACGUUAAUCACUGAGUUUGAAGAUAUCUUAAAUGCUGAAGUUUAUAUCGACCUUGAUAAGCUGCGAGAACUGUCUAGACACGGUGUUCCCAUGAAAGUUCGAGGGGCCAAAUAUGAUGAAUAUAACAAUAUAGAAAAAGAAAAAGCUGAUAUAAUUAAACGAGUCCGUGGCGAAGUUGGCCGAUAUCAAAAUAAAAUAAAAAACGCCUGCGGCACUUUAAAUCAACAAGAUGCAAUUAUCUUUGAAAAUGUCAUCGGUGCUUAUAUGAAUCGUAAUCGUGAUGUUGAUUAUCAACCAACUUUUAUUUACCUAUGUGGUCCGUUCGUAUAUUGCAUAAAAAAUGAACCAGAUGUGUAUUAUUGUUUCACUCGACUUAUGGCUAUAUUAGACGAGUAUAAUUCUACUUAUAACAUAAACGAGCGUGUCGCAAAUUUUAUGACAUUAUUUAGAGCAGUCAUUCCUGACUU